AUGAGGAAAGGAAUGUCAUCAUUCAGAAAGCGUUGCAACAAGACGCACACAUUGUGCCUCCGCCGUGCUUCUAAGGCCUACCACCUUCAGAAGUCUACCUGUGGCAAAUGUGGCUACCCUGCCAAGUGCAAGAGAAAGUAUAACUGGAGUGCCAAGGCUAAGAGACAAAACACUACCGGGACUGGGCGGAUGAGGCACCUAAAAAUUGUCUACCGAAGAUUCAGACAUGGAUUCCGUGAAGGGACAACCCCUAAACCCAAGAGGGCCGCUAUUGCAGCAUCCAGUUCAUCUUGA